AUGGCCGCGCUGAUGCAUUUUAUCACCAUCGAAGCAUCCCUGAAACGGAAAGGACGUGUGUAUGAUUUUGCCGAUUUUGUAGAUGCUGUUCAAAAAGCCAGGCGCACCUCUAAUGUGAUUCAAAUGACAUUAAAAAAGAUGUUUGUAUGGAGAGACGGUACGUCGCAAUAUAAAUUAAACAAAAUUAUUCCCAGGCCGUAUCUAAGCGAAAUGGUACAAGUCACUUUUAGCAGAGGUCAUAAUACACUCACCUACGAAACGUCUUUUGAAGAGGAAUCUGGCCCAGAAAUAAAUAUUUUAAAUGCUCAUGAUCACAAAGAUGGCAUUCGUAAACCAAAAAACCAAUUGCAGCAUAAGGAAAUUAGUUCAGAGAGAAAACGAACUUUAUUAAACAAAUUAUCUCCUAUUAUACCUCCACUCAGAUUAUUAUUUUGGGAUACUCUGCCAGAGAUUGUCAAUGAGGAACUACUUACCGAUGAACAAAACGUGUUUUUUUGUAGUCUUAUUGUAUUUUUAUGA